GGCGGCGGCGGUAGCGUUACUAGGCGGCCGGCGGCGGACCAUGGCCCUGGCCGGGCGUUUCUGGCCUCUGCUCACAGAGUUCUAGGGCAGCAUCGCGGAGUGGGCAGAUAUCCGGGAAAGGACUGACAGGCGACUGAGCUGUGGCCGGCGCGCUUAGCGCCCCGAACAUGCGGCAGUCCCUGCGGGCGACCCGGGCUGCGGAGAGGCGCGGCGGCGGCGGCGGCUCGGGAGGGAAGGAGGGCGGCGGCGCCCGGCGGAGGUGGCGGCGGGGCCGACCGGCGCCCUGCGCGGAGCCCUAAAGAGGCUGCUUGGCGCGGCCUGGGGCCUCGUCGACAAGGAUGCUGUCCCGAAAGAAGACCAAAAACGAAGUGUCCAAGCCCGCCGAGGUGCAGGGCAAGUACGUGAAGAAGGAGACGUCGCCUCUGCUGCGGAAUCUCAUGCCUUCAUUUAUUCGACAUGGUCCAACAAUUCCAAGACGAACUGAUAUCUGUUUGCCAGAAUCAAGCCCAAAUGCCUUUUCAGCUUCUGGUGAUGGAAUAGUUUCAAGAAACCAGAGUUUUCUUAGAACUCCAAUUCAAAGAACACCUCAUGAAAUAAUGAGAAGAGAAAGCAACAGAUUAUCUGCACCUUCUUAUCUUGCCAGGAGUCUAGCAGAUGUCCCUAGGGAGUAUGGAUCUUCUCAGUCAUUUUUAACAGAAGUUAAUUUUGCUGUUGAAAAUGGAGACUCUGGUUCCCGAUAUUAUUAUUCAGAUAAUUAUUUUGAUGGUCAGAGAAGGCGCCCACUUGGAGAUCGUGCACAUGAAGACUAUAGAUAUUAUGAAUACAACCACGAUCUCUUCCAAAGAAUGCCACAGAAUCAGGGGAGGCAUGCCUCAGGAAUUGGGAGAGUUGCUGCUACAUCUUUAGGAAAUUUAACUAACCAUGGUUCUGAAGAUUUGCCUCUUCCUCCUGGCUGGUCUGUGGACUGGACAAUGAGAGGGAGAAAAUAUUAUAUAGACAACACAAAUACAACUCAUUGGAGCCAUCCUCUUGAGCGAGAAGGACUUCCUCCAGGAUGGGAGCGAGUUGAGUCAUCAGAAUUUGGAACCUAUUACGUGGAUCACACAAAUAAGAAGGCUCAAUAUAGGCAUCCUUGUGCUCCUAGUGUACCUCGGUAUGAUCAGCCCCCUCCUGUCACAUAUCAACCACAGCAAACUGAAAGAAAUCAGUCCCUGCUGGUACCUGCAAAUCCAUACCAUACUGCAGAAAUUCCUGACUGGCUUCAGGUAUAUGCUCGAGCUCCUGUGAAAUAUGACCACAUUCUCAAGUGGGAACUCUUCCAACUGGCUGACCUGGAUACAUACCAGGGAAUGCUAAAGUUGCUUUUCAUGAAAGAACUGGAACAGAUUGUUAAAAUGUAUGAAGCCUACAGACAGGCUCUGCUCACAGAGUUGGAAAACCGCAAGCAGAGACAGCAGUGGUAUGCCCAGCAACAUGGCAAGAAUUUUUAAGUUAAUUUUUUUUUAAAUAAAAUUUAGGUUUUUGUAAGGGCUUUAAAAUAUUUUCACAGAUAAAAAACUGCAAACAAGUACUUUGGUUAAUAAAGGCAACUUUUUUGGAAAUGAUAAAAUUCUAAUUUUACAUGUAUUUUGUUAUUAAAAAUAUUAUUUUAUUGAGCAAAAAAAUGUUUAUCAUUUAAAAGCCAACACAGCAAACACUUCUAAAACGCUAUAUAUUAGAAACUGCUUUGAAUAUUCUCAGUGGAGACAAAUGCAGCAAGAAUUGUGAUUAUAACCAGAGAGUAAAUAGGAAAUGAUCACUUGGUAAACUCAUACAGUAGCAGUACAUUUCUUUAAAAAACAACCUAUGCAGUAUUUGAAAACAGAUGUGUACUGCUUUAAUGUGGAAUAUUGUCUGAAAUCAGAUGGUUUAAAUAUUAUUAUUGUGUAGUUUAAAAUGCAAAAUAGGAUUUGGGACCUUAAUUGUGAUAUAUUUCUAUAUAUAAUGCAUAGGGUUCACCUCCUCCCAAAAUGGAAAGAAAGAACCCUUUUAAAACAUGGUAAGAAUGUAUUUUUUGGUAUGAAAGGGUAAAAGGCCUGUAAUCUUUUAGUAAUAAAUUUAGGCAUAAGGCCUUAGCCUGUAUGGGAAAGGUGUAUACAGCACUCAGAGUUGCUAUCAUUUCCUUACUUUUGACCAGGGCCCUUGGAGCAUUUAGGAUCAUGGCUCUGAUGAGACAGUGCAGGGUUCCGGACAGCAUAUAGCACACUGCCAUCUCAACAGACUGGGUUGAGCUGCC